GAAAGUGAAAGGUUACAGUAAUAAGUAAGACAGGGGUGACUCAACAAUCAGUUUAAGUCUGUCUUAGAGAGAGAAAAAAUGCAGAGGUGAAUUAAAAUGGGUUGUCAACCUGUUGUUUUUUUGUUUAUGAAAAAUAACUGAGUGAAAGAAUAAUUCAAAUAUUGACAGAUUAGACUCAAAGAACCUGAAUCACAAAAUGUGGGCAAUGUAAUCAAAGACUUCCGCCUCCUCCCACUGAAAUUUCACAAGGCUCAUUACUGAGAAAUGUUAUCAGCACGAGAAGUAAGGAGAGGGUGAGUUCUCUUACUGGAACAGAUUUGAGAUGACAAAGAACCCUUCUCAAUAGAAACAAACAGGGAAAUUCAAUAGUCCCAACAAACUCCAGUCUGCAAAUCAAAGGGAGCUGGAGGCUAGGAGGCGGAAGUGAUCAAGACUGAAUCUGGUGAGACCAGACUAUUAUUGCCAGCACCAGAAAUUAGGCAAAGGGGGUGAUGUAUAUAUAAUUGCUUCCGCUUUCAAAAUUCCCAGCAGUUUCCAUGUAUGAUAUCUGGGCUGAAAUUAAUUCAUUGUGUAUGAAUAAACCAAAUAAACCAUUUUUGUUCCUAUGUCUACCAGGUCUCUUGUUCAAUUGAAUAUUUCCAUCCUCCACAGUUGCAAAGAAAUGUACGGAUUCAGAAGUUAUGCCUGUUUGUGGCUCAUUCUAUGUGCUCUGAUGGAAGGAAUCGCAACAAGAACAUUGGCCAAACCUAGAAGUUCAGUAGCUUCACCCAUUACGCCCAAGAAUAACGCACAAGGAACGAAGUCCUCAUGCAACCCAGAGGAGCACAUUGUGUGGAACUAUUGCAUGUUAGGGAUUGCUCUUCUGGUCUUGAUCUUCGGGUUCGUGAUUCUGUGGUUAAACCCCAGGGCAAAAUGAGGAAGAAAAAGAUCAUAAUCCAGCAGCCAGCAAACAUUGACAACAUUAAAAUGAUCAAGGCAACUCGACAGCUCGUAAAACAUCAGUCUUCAGAAAGUGACGAUGAGCCUUUGGAGGUGGAUCUGAUGCUGCCGACGAGGCAAACCUCUAUCCCUCAGCGCCGGCCUCAGCGGCAUUCACCUGGCUCACCCAAGCCUGGAGAGAUACUGAUUCGCUGGAAAGAUGGAGAUAUUGGUGCGAUUCUUCUAAGUGCAAAGGAAGAUAUGGUGUAAAGCCCUCUCCACACCCCCCCCCCCCCCAUCCACCCCACUCGAAACACUUCCCCCCAUCCACCACUCCACCCCCAAUCACAGGAUUUAAAUGGGACUCGUAGAAUUUCGUAAAGAAAUAAAAUAUAACUUUUGCAAAA